GCGGAGGCUGGCGCUGGGAGACGCGGGAGGCAGGGCCGCGGCGGGCGGCUCCUCGCCGGGACGGGGACGGGGACGCAGCCGGGCCGCGGCGCUCGCAGCCUGCUCGCCGGCCGGAGGCAGCCGCCGCAUCCCGUCCCAUCCCGUCCCAUUCCAGCCGGGGGCUCAGCCGGGCCCCACUCGCCGGCCCCCCGGGAGGGCACGGGCCGCUCCUCAUCGUGGCCCCCGGCUCCCCACGGCCAUGGCUGGGGGCUCCCCGGCCCCCGGCGCCAUCCCAGCACUCGGCUCGGAGGACGUGCUCCGCUUCGGCCCACGGCCAGGAGAGCCGCUGGUGUGGGGCCCCGGCCCCCCGGAGCCCCCGCAGCAGCUGCCGGCGCGGCUGCCCGUGAUCCACCACCGCGGCUCCAACACGCUCAACUUCGAUUUCCAUGGCCCGGCGGCCCCCCGCAGCGCAGCGAGUGAUUGGUACCAGAUGUGGCCGGCCAAGGAGGCGAAGGCGCCCGGCCCCACGGCGGCGGUGGGGGGCACGGGGGGGCCGCCCGGCUGUUCGGCCACCUGGAGCAGGGACGGCAAGCGGCGGGAGCGGCGCUGGGUGAAGUACGACGGCAUCGGGCCGGUGGACGAGACAGGCAUGCCCAUCGCCUCGCGCUCGAGCGUCGACCGGCCCCGCGACUGGUACCGCAGCAUGUUCCAGCAGAUCCACCGCAAGCUGCCAGAGCCGCCGCUGGACUGGGACGCCCCGCGCCGCCCCCCCGGGCUGCCCAACGGGCUGGACUGGGCCGGCUGGGGUGACGCCGGCACCGCCGCGGAGCCCCGCAGCAUCUUUGACUACGAGCCGGGCAAGUCCUCGGUCCUGGACCGUCCCGGGCAGCCCCACGAGCGCCCCGGUGCCGUGCCCCCGCCGCGGGCCCAGCCCAUCGAGGUGCUGCUGCAGCGGGAGCUGGAGCAGCUCAGCGAGGAGCUCGACAAGGACAUGAAGGCCAUGGAGAGGCGGCAGCAUCGCCGCGAGCUGGAUGUGACCCUGCCUGGCUGGACGCACGGCUGGAUUUGUGCACGGCGGGAUGCACGCGCAGCUGGACGUGUGCACGGCUGCGUGUCCGGAUGGAUGCAAGCGCAGCUGGAUCCGUGCACGGCGGGACGUGCUUGCAGCGUGCCGCGAGCGUGGCAGGACGCGCGGGUGGCCGGACGGGAGCCUCGGCCCAGCGUGGGCAGCAGCGCAUGGCGACGGCGUGGCCGCGGGACGCUAGGACCCUGCCUGGGCCGGCGGCUCUCCGGCUGGCGGUUAUUGGCUCUGCCUCGCCGGGAGCUGGACUCCCUCGCUUCCCGCCGAGGCUCGGCCUCUCGGAUGAUUAAUUUUUCUCUUCCCCCCCCUCCCGCUCCUCUGGCGCUCGGCAGAGCCCCGCGGCCGCUCCCGCCGCCCGCCGCCCCGCUCCGGCCUCCCCGGCGGCCCGACCCGCUGCGGCCGGCGACCCUGCCCAGCCUGCCGGACCUCGGGGACCCCGCGGAGGCGCUGAGGAGGGAGGAGAGGAAGAUGAAAGCCGCUCGCCUCAAGUUCGACUUCCAAGCCGAGUCCCCCAAGGAGCUGACGCUGCGGAAGGGCGACAUCGUCUACAUCCACAAAGAGGUGGACAGGAACUGGCUGGAGGGCGAGCACCACGGCCGCGUGGGCAUCUUCCCCUCCAACUACGUGGAGGUCCUGCCGCCCACGGAGGUGCCCAAGCCCAUCAAGGCGCCCACCAUCCAGGUGCUGGAGUACGGCGAGGCCCUGGCCCUCUACAACUUCCGCGGAGAGCUGCCCGUGGAGCUCUCCUUCCGCAAGGGCGAGCGGGUCUGCCUGGUGCGCCGGGUGGACGAGAACUGGUACGAGGGGCGCAUCUCCGGCACCAGCCGCCACGGCAUCUUCCCGGCCACCUACGUGCAGGUGCUGAAGGAGCCGCGGGUGAAGGCCAGCGCCGAGGAGCUCCCGCCGCCCGCCGCCGCCGCCAGCCCCCGCGUCGGCUCCCCGGCGCCGCAGCUCCCCGCCGGCUCCCCCGGUGCUCCACGGCGGGCGGCCGAGCGGGGCCCUGGGGAGGCGGGGGGGCUGCCGUCCUCGCCCCGCUGCCCUGCCUUCGCUGCCCCCCCAUCCCCGGCCGCCCAGCCCCGCGAGGAGCCCCCCACCCAGCCCCAGCCGCCCGCCGCCGCCCCCGCCGAGGCCGCCCCCUCCCACAACGGCUCCGAGAUCCAGUGGACCCCGUACCGGGCGCUCUACCAGUACCGGCCCCAAAACGCCGACGAGCUGGAGCUGCUGGAGGGCGACCGGGUGGACGUGAUGCAGCAGUGCGACGACGGCUGGUUCGUGGGUGUAUCCAGAAGGACGCAGAAAUUCGGCACUUUCCCCGGGAAUUACGUGGCGCCGGUGUGACCCCGCAGCGCGGCGAGGAGGGGCCCGGCGGGCACCAUCCCCUGGCCCGGCCGUGUCCCCGCAGCCCCUCGCCCCCCCCCCCAGCGGGACGCGGUGCCCCCAGCUCCCGCCCGCCCCGUGGGGCUGCUGCUUCG